CGAGGCGCGCGCGUCCCGUUCUGCAUUUGUAAACAGACCUUUGUCGCGAGCGGUCGUGUUUCGGUUUCGAGUCCGCGGGUUUCGGUCCAUCUCCGUCCAAGUGAAUGAUUGUCCGGUGUGAAGUGCAGUAGUGAAUAGAUCAAGUUAACCCCGUCGUCGAAAUGCCCACCUGGAACCAGAUUCAGUCACAGCUUCGGCACCCCAACAAUCCGGUUGUGUUUAUGGACAUAACCGUCGGAACGUCGGAAAUUGGCCGGAUGGUGUUUGAGUUGUUCGCCGAUGUAGUGCCGAAGACGUGCGAGAACUUCCGGCAGCUUUGCACCGGCGAGCACAAGAAAGACGGAGUUCCCGUGGGUUAUAAGGGGUCCUCCUUCCAUCGGGUGAUCAAGGACUUCAUGAUUCAGGGUGGUGAUUUUGUGAAUGGUGACGGAACGGGCGUGAUGAGCAUUUACGGUAACAACACAUUCCCGGACGAGGGCUUCCUGCUGAAGCAUGAAGCUCCCGGUCUGCUUUCGAUGGCCAACAGUGGGAAGGACACCAACGGUUGUCAGUUUUUCAUAACUUGCGCCAAAUGCAACUUCCUCGAUUACAAGCACGUUGUUUUCGGUCGCGUCCUCGAUGGCCUGCUUAUCAUGCGCAAGAUCGAAAAUGUCCCGACGGGACCGAACAACAAGCCCAAACUUCCGGUCGUGAUUUCGCAGUGCGGACAGAUGUAGGUUAUUUCGUAGAUUAGAGUGUAAGCAGAAUCGUACAAUUGUUAAAAAGUCUGCACCCCAGCACUGGCCGAAAUCGGUCCGGAUAGAGUCCGGACUCCAGCAAGGAUAACACAACACAUACACAUAAAUACAGCCAGCCAGCACAGAAUCGUAA